AUGGACGAGUCAUUUGUGGAAGAAGUGGCUUUGUCACUCGUGAGAGAAUUUCUCAGUAGAAAGCAUUCGAAGAAAACCAUCGCUGUCAUGGACCAAGAGUUUCCAUGUUCUUCAAGGACCAUCAAUAACAAGAAGGAACUUUGCAGGGUCCUACAUCUGCACUCCCUGUACAAAGAGAACAAAGCAAAGGGGAAACCACUGAAAACACUCCUUGAAAUUAUGACCAAUUACUUCCUUGAGCACCACGAGACUGACUUCUCAGGCGAAGACCAUGCACAUAGGAGUGCUGUUAGUGAAAGUGAAACUCAAGACAGAUACGGUGUCUCAAGGAAUGAGUUCCAAGAAAGCGAAGGAUCUUCACAAGUAAAUGUGGAGGUCCUAUCAAAGACUCUGUCAACCAUUUGUAACAUUUCAGCCGCUGAAAAACUAAGAGGUAUCCUCAAAACCUCACGUGUCUCUGUGCCCAAAAUGCUGUCUGAAAGAGAGGAAAGAAAAUCAGUUUCAACCUGUCCUACAGACAGCAGUGAAAAAAGCCUUGAAGUGAGUGACCCUCACAGGCAUUCAGGGUCUGAAACAGAGAAAACAGAAAAAUCUCCCAAGAAACAUGUGAGAUGGUUUCCAGGAUUAAGGAAGUCUCCGACACCCACUCAUUAUAAAGAAGACCAGGUGAAAGAUGUCCUGGAAUUGGUUCAUGCUGAGGAUGAAGAAACAGCUGGGGAAGUUAGUAAGAACCUGGAUCUUGCAACAUUAUCGACACUUGAAGUAGCAUCAGAGGCAAUUGAUAUUUCUCUUGCAAAAGUAAGACGAACAGUGAUUGAAUUAAAAAAUGUUUUGUUUGGCUCUAGUCUUUGCUGCUUCAGUGAAGAAUGGAAAAUACAGAGUUUUACAUUUGAUAACACACCACCCUUAAAAUACGGCAUUGUGCAGGAAAAGGGUGGCCCAUGUGGAGUACUGGCUGCAGUUCAAGCUUGUGUCCUACAACAGCUUAUCUUUGCAGACAGUAACAGCAAUAAAGACCCUUGCUGUCUUCAGCCUUUGGAAGUUCACAGGACCAAAUGCCUCACCAUGGCCAUUGCAGGCAUACUGUGGCGGGCAGGAGGCAAUGAAAAAGCAGUUGUAGCACUGCCAUCAGGAAGAGAGCAGUUCACUCCCCUAGGAAAGUACAAGGCAGAUGGAAUCUUAGAAACUCUAAUACUACAUAGUGCCACAGGAUACGAAGAUUUGAUUGCCUUUCUUCAGCAGGCCAUUCAACAGUUUGAAACUGGUCCAUGUGGGUGCAUCCUUCUGACUGUGUCUGUCAUUUUAUCAAGAUCUAUCAAUCUGGUGCGCAACGAUUUCGAUGUGCUUACAAACCAACUGAUUGGCAGCAACGGCUAUUGUACUCAGGAAUUGGUGAACUUACUUCUGACUGGCAAAGCUGUGUCCAAUGUUUUCAACGACGUGAUGUAUCUGGACUCUGGAAAUGGCAAUAUCACAAUGUUGAAAGGUAUCACAAGCCGCAGUGAUAUUGGUUUGCUGUCUGUCUUCGAGCACUACGAUGUUUGUCAGGUUGGGAGUUACUUGAAGUCCCCUAAAUAUCCAAUUUGGUUGGUAGGCAGUGAAAACCACUUCAGUGUUCUUUUUUGUUUGGAGGAGGAUUUAUCAGAUGACUGCACAACAGGACGGAGAUUUGAUCUGUGUUAUUAUGAUGGCUUGGCCAACCAGGAAGAAGAAAUACGGUUAACAGUUGACACGACUCAGGUGUGCACUGAAGGGAAACAAAAUGAUCAUACCUCGCCGGUUGAGCACUGCAUUAGGACAAAGUGGCAAGGAGCUGUUAUUGACUGGCAUGGCACUAAACCAAUCUUUUGAUUGACCUGACCUGUACUUUAUUUGUAAAGACAAAAAGGAAAUGACUGAAUUAGCACAUUCCUAUUCCCACCAAUGCAGGAAGUAGGGCAAGACUUGUGCAGUUUAUGAUGAGGAA